AUGGCGUCCUCCGCCUCAAGCUCAUCCUCGCCGCCUCUCUUGCCCAAGCCAUGCGUGACUUGCGGUCGACAGAUCACACCUCGCGCGAAGUGGGCCAAAGACUGGGCUUCAAUCAAGACGUGCUCGACCUCUUGCAAGGCUUUCAUGCCCGGUGCUCGACCGACGAAGUGGAUGAUACGCACAGAUAAGAGCGCAGAUGGGAUAGAAGACCGUUACGAUAGGGAGAAGUGGCCUUGCUUCAAGCAUUCUGAAGCGACAUCAUCCAGCGCAGCGACACCACCAUCAAUCUUCAUUGUCGAGGUAGAGGCGUGGAUCGAGCUGUACUUGUUCCACCUCGCACCGACACCGCCGUGGACACCCAAGGUGCGGCCGUCUUGCGAGCAGGUGGAGGAGAGACUCGUCCAAGACGCAGAGUGGAUCGAAGACAGAUAUCUCGGCAUCGUCGGCGACGAAGGAGACACUACGACGGACGGGGACACAAAGACCAAGAUCACGACGCUGAGCAAGCACUUAGCAGACGCUGGCCCUGGCUUGAGGGAGCGAGUGAGGAGAGCGGCUAGAAGGCUUUUUAUCUUACCAAAGGAAAACUGGGCAUGUCGAGAUUACCUCGGCGCCCACGACGAGGAUGAGCGGAACGAUGGCCUGGAUCUGUACCAGAAUGGCAAGCUGCUAAACGGACUCGAGGGAGCUAGCUUCGCAAAGGGGCCGAUCCAAUUUCAGCUACGGCGCAGUGGAAAAUAA